AUGUCACAAUCAUAUGGUCGACAAUUAUACUUGAUAUACUUGUUGUUAUCAUGUGUUGUACUGUGCUCCUUCGAUACAUCGUUACUUGUUCAAUGCGAUUCAUUAAAGGGUCAACAGCAGCAACAACAACAGAACAACAACAUAGAGAACAAUAAUAACAAUAUAAUCAAUGCGAUAAAUACACAGCAACAACAACAGACUCAACAGAUACAGCAGACUCAGCAGCAUAGAAAAUAUUACUAUCACUUUAGAUUCAAUGAGACGUCAAAGUCGCCAUGGCCACAAAUGACUGGCUUUAUGCGGCCGACCUCAUCCACUCCCUCUGCUCCAGUCGAUGGUCCAGUGGGCAGUAACAGCGUCAACGACAACAACAAUGGUGAUAGUACUAACAGCGGAAAUAACAACAAUCAACAACAGAGUACACCACAACAACAACAACAACAGAGUACUCAACAACAACAACAUCAUUCAAAGGGUUCACAGCAUCAAUACACUGGCCCAUCAUCUAAACCGCUGGUAUUGUUUCAGAAUCAUAUAGAGUUGUUGCAGGUCAAUGCAAAGUCUACUCAUCAGCAGUUGCAGCAGCACUCGCAUCAACAGCAGCAUCAGAUCAAGCCACCCAGUCUCUUUCGAAAGUCAACCUACAUCAGGAACAAGGUGGAAGUUGAUGUAGAAGCGGACCUCAACGGCGACCUCGAAGAUCGCAAACUGAUCAUCUCCAAUCCAGAAAUAGUAUUCAAGAGAGGUCGCCUGUGCAUAGUUCAGAACGAGACAUUGGAGAUCACAAACACAGACCCUGAUCGUUCGAUUCAGAUAGUGGGAAUCAGAACAGAUAGUCCUCACUUUGCUUGUGACUUACUUCAACCAUAUGUUCUGAAGCCUAGGGAGACAAAGAGUGUACAGAUAUUGUUUGUGCCCAAGGAGGUUGGCGAACAUGAGGCAGUGUUUCAUUUGUUGAUCUAUGGCGGUGGACUUAUAUUCGUUGCGCGAGGACAGGCCACAGCCAACUUUUAUCAGCUCAAUCACAUAUAUGAUCAGGUCCCCUUCAACACAACGUACUCGCAUCCAAUCUAUCUCUACAAUCCCCAUAAUGUCACCCUCAAGAUAUCGGACAUCCACACGAGCGGUGGAUCAUUCUACAUCUCACUGGCCCAGCCACAAAGCCAGCAACUUGUCCCCAUUCAGCAGCCACAGCAUCCUCUCGCCAAGAAACAGAGAACAGCCAAGCGUGUUGAGCCAACAGGCAAUUGGGAGAUCGAGCCAUACACGACGUCCAACAUCAUCAACUUAUACUUCAAGUCAUCGUACUCUGGUCCCUACGCUGGCCUUGUAAAUAUCGAAACGAAUGUGGAGAACUUUCAGAUACAGGUCGACAUCCUGUCGGUCGGCGAAGGUGUCCACAUUUCCCCAAGCGAGAUUGACUUUGGCUAUCUGACCAGCAAGACUGACUACAAGUCCGUGUCGCUCUACUUCCUCAAUGCCAACGAGCAGAUGUUGAACAUCAUGGAGAUCCAUCCCGAUGUGCCCGAUCCCAACCUUCGCUUUUUUCUUCACUAUGAUGUGAUCCCAGCCGACAAAUCAAAAAUCGAUAUAGCUCAGUUCUUCUAUACGAGCGAUGUGGAGGGUAGCUUCAGCGGAAAGAUUAUAAUCAAGGUAUUUGGAUACAAGGAUAUCGAGGUGCCAUAUCGCGCCAAUGUGCUGUACGGCGACUUGAGCUACCAUCCCCGCAACAUCCUGUUUCCAAUCGACACUUCGCUCAAGAAGCAACCCGAGGUCAUCGAGAACCAGCUGGUGCUCAAGAACAACUUCCCGGUGCCACUCACCAUCCUCUCGGUGCAGAUCAAUGACGAGCACUUCAAGGUGAAGAACGCAUCGCUGGGCAAGACGGUGAUGCCGCACGCACAGUGGGACGCCAUCAACAUCCAGUUCACUCCCAAUGGCAAGGUGAAGGGCAAGCAUGCGUCCCUCCUGGUCGACACCAACAUAUCCACAUUCGAGAUUGAUCUGCAGGCUUUUGACGGUCACCUCGUCUACACGCCCAGUCCCCUGGUCGUCAUGGAUUCUCAUGACUUCUUCAUCGAGGAUGUUAAGCCUAUUGACUUUGGUAUUAUGGGAUUGGCAGAGAGACGAAGCAGACCAUUCCAGUUGAAGAAUCCAAAUCCAUUCCCAUUGAUCAUGUUUUGCUUUGCGACGAAUGAUGGAAGUACGGACACAGUUUCACUCACGCUGGACGGCAUGUAUAAUGAGCGCGGUCAGUUUGUCGUGGACGCCUCCGACCUCAGCCUGGAGGACCAGAAUUUCUUCCACUUUUGCUGUCGCGGCAAGGACCACCCGAUCCUCAUUCUAGAGUCGGGCUACACGGCCACCUUUAACCUGGAGUUCCUUGGCAAUGGCAGUGGCGCGGGAAAGGGUCACUUCACUGUGUCCACGCAGCUGGAGAGUCUAUCCAUCCCCUACAACUGGCAUCUCAUGGACGGCACAAUGUCAAUCGAGCCACAGGUCAUCAACUUUGGCCAGAUCCUGCUUGGACAGACUGUGACACAGACACUGAUUGCCAACAACACCUACAACAUCCCCGUCAACAUUACCUCUGUCGACUCGAGCGACCCAAGGAUCAGCUGUCUCAUGCAUACAUACUCGCUGGCGUCAAACAAGGCGACGCACUUUGCCACACUGGUGUUUGAGCCCCAUGACACCAGCCUCGACGAGGUGUUCCCGCUGUUCCAGCCACACUACGAUCACAAGCAACUGCUGCAGUAUGUGGCGCAUGAGGAGGUCGAGGACUACCUGAGGAGCGACAUGUUCUGGACGUCCAAGACCAGCUUCCAGAUCUACUCGACUUUUACGAUCCACACAGACACACUCACUGACUACACGGUCAAGACCACAUCGACCAUCGUCAAGCCCAGCCUCUACCAGCUGCCAGCCGACGUGUCCGUGUUCAAUGCAGGCGCAUCCACCAUGACCAACAGCAACAUGUUACCUGGGCUGCUCGACUCGUCAAACAGCACGAUCGACUUUGGUGUCGUCACGAUCAACCUGCAGGUGCUCAAGGAGUUUUUGAUCUACAACCCGCUGGAUGUGCCAGUGGUCGCCGAGCUGUUGCCCAUCGAGACAGAGUCCAACAUCUACAACUACCUCAAGGUGUGCGGCAUCAACUCCACACUUUCAUUCAGCGACUCGAGCCCCAACCAUCAGCAGUAUCACCAACAGCAGCAUGGCAUUGGACACGUAAGCCAUAGCCACCUGCCCAACCCGUACAAGGUGGGUCGCGAGGUCAUGGCGCCCAUCACGAUCCCGCCACGCGGCACCGCUCGCUUCGGACCCAUCCGCUUCCAGCCCAACAACAACACCAACUUUGUAUCGAUGCUGUUGCUCAGGAACAACUACACAAACUUCCAUCCCAUCCGUCUGCAAGGCAAGGGUGACGGAGGUCGUCUGGUCUUUGUCGAAGAGGGCAACCCGUUCGCCGAGCUCAGCUCGGUCGCUCUCGACCUGAACAAAACACACCUGACGCCAUGCAUCUUCAAGGGUCGCGAGGAGGUCGACCUCAACUCGGACAUCCUGGUCGACUCCAAGGGCCACAAGAGCAGCCACCACCACACGAUGCACAGCAACGAGAUUGGCCUCACCAAGAAGUUCACCCUAAUGAACAAGGGCAACCUCCCCGUGGACAUUCGAGACAUCUCACUCAACGAUCACAAGUGCGGUGGCUUUGGAUUCACGAUUCACAACUGCAAGGACGUGAAGCGUGUGAUCAAGCCGGGCGAGUCGGUCGAGAUGCACAUCUCAUUCGAGCCCGACUUCUCCACGUCGCUGAUCAAACGCGACCUCGCCUUCAGGACCAACCAAGACACGUUCCACUUCACCCUGAUCGGAUCGCUGCCACAUGACUACCUGCCACUGUGCACGCAUCUGCAGCAAUCAUUGUUCUAUGAGUAUCCGGCCAAGAUUGUGUUCAUUGUGAGCAUGAUUGUGCUCUUCAUGGUCCUCAUCUACCUCACGUUCAGGGAGUACUCCAAGCCGGCACUCUAUGGCACUGGCAAGUCCUCGUCGUCGGCAACUUCGUCGUUGCUGCGUCACCUCUUACCUGGUGGCGGUAGUGGCAAUGGCAACAAUCAAGAUGUGCACCUCAACAACACGCCCAAGUCUCCAGACAAGUCAAACGUGGAGUAUAGUAGCUCCAGUCGUGGAGGAGGCAACAAGAAAAAGAAGAGCCACAGCACAUCUGGCAGUCAUCACAAACAAUCGACUUCGACAAUGGGCGAUGCCAUCCCCCAUCUAUCACAUUCAAACAAAGCGUCAAACAGUCUUGUGGCAGACAGCAGCAAUGGCAAUGGCAACGGCAACAACGGUGGCAAGCUUUAUGCUGAGGCUGCCACUGUCGACUCCUCGUCCAAGGGCGCUGCCAAGUCACACCACAACUCUGUGUCCAAGUCAACAACGCCAUCAGAGUCGCCAAUUGCAACUACAGCAACAGGUGUGUCACCUCUUAUCGCCCCUAGAGAGUUGGAUGCAGCUGACGACUUGGACGUUCACAACAACACUGCUGUCUCAAGCACGAUCAACACACCCACAUCGCAGCAAAUGACACCCCUUAUCCAGUCCAUCAUGAACUUGCAGCCCAUCUCACAGGACGAGGACGACUCGGUCACACAAGAAGAGAUUGAGGGAAGCUCCAUUGGAUCAUCGCUGUCAUCGUCGCAAGAGUUGUUGAUGCCUCACACUUCUAAUGGCGGUGACUCUGAGCAAGGAUCGCCCAGAUCAUCUGGCAAUGAGUCGCAACAGCCACCGUUACUUCAGCAAGAUGAGCAAAUGAAGACUGAAACAACCGUGUCAACGCCACUGGCAAUCUCGCUCGACUCUUUGUCCACAAAGAAAAAGAAUCAGACGUCUUCGUCCAGCGCGCCACUACACAAGUCCCAUGACCCAUUGCCAAGUAUCGGCGAGAAUGACGACUCGUCAUCGUCAAAGGCUGCCUCAAGCAAGAGCUCAAAGCAUGACCAAGCCAAUGAUCACAAGAGAAAGGCGACAAAGGAUCAGCCCACACCUCCAAACUCCUCGCCCCAACACCUUGGUAACUCUCUGGUUCCUCAAGCAAAGUUCCAACAACGCGAGCCAAAGCCAAGGAAGCAGUUUGAGCCCAAGACCAAGACGCCCAAGGUCUAUGUGCCUAAGACUCCACAGCCGGCCCAACCACAACAAUCCACUCCAACUACACAAUCACCAUCCACCUCGUCAUCCCCAGCCACUGUUGUCGCAGCUACUUCCAAUGCCCUACCACAACUCCAACAGCAACAGGCACCCAACAACAACAACAACAACAUUUCCCGAUUCCCAACUUCCUUACCCCACCGAUUAGCCUAUGACGCCGAUCCAUUUGGUCCAUCUCUCACGCAGCAGAUGCCGGCUCAUAGCAAUGUGUUUAGCCCCUUCUCGUUUGGAUCACCUAGCAACAGCAGCGGCGGAGACAGCAACAACAACACAUUCCACGUGGACACAAUGACAUCAAGCAACUGGUUGUCAAACAUCCACAACUCAUCUUCGACCGAACACCAUCGAGCACCAAUCAAGGACCAUGGCGUAAUUGGCAGCGGCAAGCUCUCCGCCAAACCCAUGCCAUCGUUCUUCAGCAUCGACAGCCCAUCGUCAUCGAUGCUCAAUAGUAGUAGCGGCAGUGUCUCUGGCUCCGGCGAUCAUCUCGGCUCCGACACGGACAACCCAUUCCUGAGGAUGUUCCCAUCGAAUCUUGACUCGUCAACACAACACAACCGAUAUCUGGACCUGCAGUCAUCGCCCAACAUGUUCUCGUUUAGCUCCACUACCUCGAACGACCCAUUGUACCAGCCUACAUACGACUUGUUUAGCAAUUCAAACCGACAGUUCUAUUCUUUCAAUCAACAACAACAACAGCAACAGCAACAACAACAACAACAACAACAGCGUUCUCCAACGUCGCACCCCAUCAGCGACCCAUUCUCCAAGUAUCAAUAG